AUGUAUCCACCACCAGAAGCUCUAGCUCAGCUGGUGAACGUGUACACAGAGAAGGUACAGAGCCAACCACUUCCUCUCUUCGACAAAGAGAGACUCUCCGCUCAGAUCCGACACUUCCCCGACUUCCUCCUGCAAGCCUUCUUGGCGCUCACCUUGCUCUUCGUGGAGCUGCCUUUCUACGGUGACGCCAAAGCGCAAGCCAUCGAACUGUACCUCCGUUCCGCUCGUCCCACGGUCAUUCAACUGGCUGCGGAAGGCACGCCAUCGGUGCCGGUAUUGCAGGCGUUGUGUCUUAUAACCUUGAGCGAUGUUGCUGCUGGCCGACACGCACGAGUCUGGAUGGAUGCUGGGAUCGCGGCUAGAUUGGUCCUUUGUGUGUCCCCCGCCGGCGCAGGGUCUGCUACGGAAUAUGCAUCCACGCGGGAUGAUCAAACGCGAUGUUGCUGGAGUGUGUUUAUUCUUGAAAGGGUCUUCGCCCCCGGUCCGAGUCUCCUACAUAUUGACGACUACCCACUGGGGCGAUUAGGGUAUCCUGUCAGCCCACCACGGCCCCGCUCCCUCAUGGCGAACGACGACGGCUCUGCGCCCAAUGCCUUUGCCAGCAGUGCUGCAGACCUGGGAAUACAGGCAUACUGCCUCCAAGUGACUGGGCUGUGGUAUGAAGUUCUGGGGUACCUGCGACAGCGCCUGGCUAACCCAACCGAUGACCCCUGGAUCGCCUCCUCCCGCCAUCACACGCUGGUUGCGCAGUAUUACGAGUUCGAGACGGGGAUCUCGCAGCUGCACCGAUAUCGGAACGUCGGCUUCCACACCAUCACCUCCAGCGAACUGCUGCAGUACAAGGAGUACUGGACGGCCUGGCUUUAUUUGCAGGUGGCAUUCCACGCUGGCCAAGCCCUCUUGCAUCAUCCUCUCUUCCACGUCACUCAUGUGCGACGUGCAUCGUCCAAGUUCCAACCGCCAUCCUUCCUCCAACAAACCAUAGACCAAGCUCUGCUUCACUCGGGCUGGCCAACGCGCUUGAUCCGAACGUGGGAGAAGCAUGGGAUUGAGAUCAAUGACCCGUUUCUGUCUCAACUUGUGGCGACCGCUGCGUCUAUCCACUGGAUAUUCCAAUUUGCGAGUGAGAAAGCCAUCGCCGACCGGGCACGAGCGGACUUCGAGCAGUGCCAACGCUUUCUGACAGAUCUAGCGAUCCGAUGGCCACACAUUGCUGGAAUGGUAGACAAGCUUGCGUAUCUGCAAAGUCUGUCGGGACACAACACUGGCGCAAGUAGCAUUCCUCCUUUCAAGUGGUCGG